GUGGACCUCGGAGAUGCCAGCAACAGCCGCUGGCUGGCUCAGAAACGGGGGUCCCUGAACAAGGACCAGCAGAGCAGGUUCUUCUCCAAGGGGCACCCUGGGCUUCUAAUUGUCCUUGGCAUCAAAUCGGGCAGUAAGCUCCGCAAAGAGCAGCAUGCCCUGCUGGUUGGGGCAGCGUACAUCGUUGCGAACCCUAUCAGUUUGCUUCCCAUGCGCCUGGAUAUCCAAGCCGUGCAGACGCUGAUGCUCAUGGAUAGCAUGGAGCGCGUCUUGGAGCACGAAUCCCGCUACUAUGCGAGUUUGAGUGUAGUUGUCGCUGGGGACUUCAACGUGCCGCCAUAUUAUCCGCAGAUGUCCUUCGACCUGUUAUCCAAGCACAUCGCCCAAGAGGGCGACUUUGACCAGAUGGCGACCACCGUCAUGCAAGGUGUUGCGAGCGGCAAGUUUCAAACAUUUGUGGACCCAAACUCCGAGCAGCAGACCAUCGCCAGUCCGGUGUACGAGCUCAUCACGAAAGGCGUGUUGGGGCAAGACUCCAUCGGCUUUCUCGUGGCAGCCAUCAAAUCAGCUGGAUACCAUCCAUCACGGAUUUUGGAAGGACCUUUGUACCAGAUGCUGACGACAAAGUGGUUGAAGUAUCAGAUGAUAAGCGCAUAUGCGCAUGUUCUUGGAACGGAGCCGAUGACCAAUGCACUGGAGACCUUGGAUUUCGUGUUCUUCUUGCCCGCACAGCGGCGACCAGACCAUUCGCGUGCUGCCAGAUUAGCAGUGACAGGUGUCCUUGCAGCUCCCCCGCCGCAGUCCAGACAGAAACUGGUUGCCGGCUUGGGGUCCGAUCACAUUCCUUUGGUGGUGGAUGUCGGGCUUUGCACGCCAAUUUCGAAAAGUGGCGAGGUAGAAUCCCAGCGCAGGGAAGACAACACUACAUCGCCCGUGGUCAACAUCCCCCACAGCCCACCGUCCUGCGAUAGUUCCAGAGAAGAGAGGAUUCUGGAGAUGUUGGCAAGCUUGGAACAUCGCUUAGAGGCCCUGGAUUCAAAGGUUUCUAGACCUGGCAUGCUAGUGGAGCUCAAGUGGGCAUUGGUUGCAUCGACGCUCGGUUCGGUCCUUUUUGCAGCUUCGACAAUGUUGCUUGGAGCGACAUCUGCACUCGUGAGACAAGCGAUGACGGGAUGUUUGUUGGCAUCUUUACUCUACCAAGGCUUCUUAGCGUCAAAGAUCUGA